GGACUGGCCUGGUCGUGGUGGUCCAGGAGACCCGCUUAAAGAGAGUGAAAUGACAAAGACGUCGUUCUACUACUUUGUUGGGGCUAGCCACCUUCUGCCUCGAGUGGCCACGGCAGUGAAAGGGAGAGAGGCAGAUAGAGGGGGGGACUUAGGGGGGAGAGAGAGAGAGGGAGACAGAGCACACUAAGCUUGAAAGAAUUAAUUUUUGACAGGUCUCCCUCGCCAAUCUCCUCUUUCCGGUCAUCGUCCGUCGGAAUGGAGGCUGUCGCGACGAACGCUGCGGUGGCAGCGGUGGCUGCCGCUCCUCAGCAGGUGCAUCAUCAUCAGCAUCAGAAGCCACGUGUCUCCUCCUCAUGCGCCACCAUGAAGGCGGCAGCACCGGGUUUCGCGACCCCCGUGCUCUCUGCGCCGGCCAACUCCGCGAGCAGGAGCGCAAGCUCCGUCAUCUGCGCAGCGGAGCGCUCCCCCUGGCUCGGGCAAUCAACAGGCAGCUUCGGCAGCAGCGGCGCGUUGACCGGCAGCGUGCGCUUGAAUCGCCUGGCGGGGAAAGGCGGCGCAGGCGCAAACACCUCGAGCGGCGGCGGGAGGGUGACGAUGAUGUCCGCUUCUUCGGCCGCUGAUGCCGCCGGCGAUUCCUCUGCCGCCGCCAGCGAUUCCACCUCCUCCUCCGGCCUCAACCCCGCCCUUGUCACCGGUUUCUUCUUCUUGAUGUGGUACCUCCUCAACGUUAUUUUCAAUAUCCUCAACAAGAAGAUUUACAACUACUUCCCUUACCCAUGGUUCGUCUCCACAGUCCAUCUCCUCGUGGGUGUCUCUUACUGUGUUAUCACUUGGACCCUCGGCAUCACGAAGAGGGCACCCCUCUCCAACGACCAGCUCAAGGCGUUGAUUCCUGUGGCUUUCUGCCACGCUUUGGGCCACGUUAUGAGCAACGUGUCGUUCAACGCGGUGGCGGUCUCCUUCACGCACACAAUCAAGGCGCUGGAGCCCUUCUUCUCCGCCGCCGCCUCGCAGUUCAUUCUGGGCCAGAACAUCUCUCUACCGAUCUGGCUCUCCCUCGCUCCAGUAGUGUUCGGAGUGUCAAUGGCCUCGAUGACGGAGCUGUCCUUCAACUGGAUUGGCUUCUUGAGCGCCAUGACGUCCAAUGUGGCCUUCACGUACAGGAACAUCUUCUCCAAGAAGGCCAUGACGAAGAUGGACAGCACCAACUUGUAUGCCUACAUCUCCAUCCUCUCGCUAGCGAUGUGCAUCCCUCCGACGCUAGUGCUUGAGGGUCCGGUCCUGUUGAAGGGCAUCAGUGCAGGCGUAGCCAAGGUGGGAGCGUACAAGUUCUACACCGACCUCUUCUGGGUCGGAAUGUUCUACCACCUCUACAAUCAGUUGGCCAACAACACCCUCGAGAGAGUGGCUCCCCUCACUCACGCCGUGGGCAAUGUGCUGAAGAGGGUGUUCGUCAUCGGAUUCUCCAUCCUUGUCUUCGGGAACAAGAUCUCCACCAUCACUGGCAUCGGUACGGUUAUCGCCAUCGGCGGUGUGACGGCGUACUCGUUGCUCAAGGCAAAGGAGGCCGAGAACAAGCUUAAGACCGCGUAAGGGGGAAGAGAGGAGGAGGAGCCGAACCGCCCAAGGGAAGGAGAGCAAGAGAGGAGGAGGAGGAGGAGGGAAGGAAAAGGCAAAGAGGAGAAGAAGAGAGGGGUGUGAGGGCGUACUUGUUGGUCAGGGGACAAAGAGGCCGAGAAGAAGUUCAAGAGGCCGCGUAAGGAGGAAGAGGGGACCAGGAGCACAAGGGAAGGAGAAGAAAAGAGGAGGAGGAGGAGGAGGAGGAGGAGGAGGAGGAGGCAUGCAGAAGAACAAAGGGCGUGUCGUGAGAAGGUCUUCAUGCUGGGAAGGAACGUAACAGGCACCCCAUUCUUGAAUGGAAAGGUUCCUGUUGGUUUGCAGCUCACGAAACAAAAUGUUAGCCUGACUCUUGAUGCACGGAGAACCUUCUCUCUCUCUCUCUCUCUCUCUCUCUCUCUCUCUCUCUCUCUCUCUCUCUCUCUCUCUCUCUCUCUCUCUCUGAGGCUCUCUGGGAGGCAAAGGGAAUCCUUUUGAAGUUUAGCACACCGGCAAAACGCGCAAGCUAGCAAGCAAGGCAGCAGGUACCGUAGCUAAAGGCAUACUCGGACGUAUGGACUUCCUCUAUGGAUGAGCUUGUAUGCUCGAACUCUCAAUUCACUCAAAGCGAGAGGGACAUGUCCGUAGUUGUUUACUUUGUUUAUUUAUUUAUUGACUGUAUUUGUUAUGUCGCAGUGUGGUGGCGGCAGUAGGCAGCAGUAGCAGCGGCGGUGGGCAGCGGGAGCAGCAGUAGGAGUUGCAGUGGUGGAGGGCAGCAGCAGCAGGCAGAGGACGACGAAACGGUGGAGGAAGAGGAAAGGACCUGAGGUGUGAAUUUGAUGGUGGAUGGUUGACUAGUGGUAGAAGAACCCUGUUCUGAAGACUGUCAGUUAAUAGGGGAAAAAAAGGAAGGGAGGGAGGGAGGGAUGUAAUUUGCUUGCUUUGUUUAUUGAUUCAUGGGCAGUCCUACACGGAAACGAAAACAAAAAGGAAGUAAACAUGUGGACUUCCU